AUGCGCGUCUCUCUUUCUCUACCCGUGGCUGCACUAGGCCUAGUGGGCUCAGUCGCUGCCUAUCCGCACGAGUCGAAGCCAGUAUAUCGUCGGGACGCGGAUAACCAGGCCAAAGCCGACGCUGUGAAGGAAGCUUUCCAGCAUGCGUGGGAUGGCUACUCGAAAUACGCUUUCCCUCAUGAUGAGCUGCAUCCAGUGAGCAAUAGCUAUGGUGACUCUAGGAAUGGAUGGGGUGCCUCUGCGGUUGAUGCGCUUUCAACUGCCAUUAUCAUGGGCAACAAGGAUGCCGUCCAAAAGAUCCUGGAUCAUAUUGACACGAUUGAUUUCACGAAGACCAACAACGAGGUCAGCCUGUUUGAAACCACUAUUCGGUAUUUGGCUGGCAUGCUGUCCGGCUACGACUUGCUCAAGGGACCUGCUGAGAAACUUGGCGUCAAGUCGAGUCAAGUCGACAACCUACUCAAACAGUCCAAAAAUCUUGCCGAUGUUUUGAAGUUUGCUUUUGACACGCCAUCUGGCGUUCCUUACAACAACCUCAAUAUUUCCUCCAAAGGCAAUGAUGGCGCAACAACCAACGGCCUGGCAGUGACUGGAACUCUGGCAUUGGAGUGGACACGUUUGUCCGAUUUGACCGGCGAUGAGGAAUAUGCAAAGCUCAGUCAGAAGGCGGAAUCUUAUCUUCUGAACCCACAGCCAUCAAGUGCCGAGCCGUUCCCCGGAUUGGUGGGGAGCAACCUCAAUAUAUCCAACGGACACUUCACCGAUGGAACGGUGUCCUGGAAUGGCGGUGACGACUCUUUCUACGAGUACCUCAUUAAGAUGUACGUGUACGACCCCAAGCGCUUUGAGUCAUACAAGGACCGAUGGGUCCUUGCAGCCGAGUCAUCCAUCAAGCACCUGGCGUCGCACCCCGUAGUGCGCCCAGAAUUGACUUUCCUGGCUUCGUAUUACAAUGGUGAAUACGACCUGAACUCUCAGCACUUGACUUGCUUCGACGGCGGCAGCUUCCUUCUUGGUGGAACUGUGCUUGAUCGUCAAGACUUCAUUGACUUUGGCUUGAAGCUCGUGCAAGGCUGCGAAGCAACUUAUAACCAGACUCUCACUGGUAUUGGGCCUGAUGCUUGGGGCUGGGACCCCAAGAGAGUGCCGGUCGACCAGAAACAGUUCUAUGAGAAGGCCGGAUUCUACAUCAAUAGCGGCUCAUACGACCUGCGACCCGAAGUUUUGGAGAGCUUUUACUAUGCUUACCGCGUCACAGGAAACGAAAUGUACCGUGACUGGGUCUGGAACGGGUUCAAGGCUAUUAACGCAACCUGCCGUACUGGCUCUGGCUUCGAUGCCAUGACCGAUGUGAACAAAGCCGGUGGUGGCUCCCAUUACGACAACCAAGAAAGCUUCCUCUUCGCUGAAGUUAUGAAAUACGCCUACCUUGUACAUGCAGAAGAUGCCCCAUGGCAGGUCCAAAAGGGUGGUAAAAACGCCUUUGUGUUCAAUACCGAAGCUCACCCCAUCAAGGUGUCUCAUACCUAG